AGCCCACACGGCUCGCUAAUUGCGCACCAAAGCCUCCGGGCCACUCCAGCUACAGCCUGUCACGACAUGACUCGAUCGUGUAGAACGCUCCUCUCCCCACUCAAAGUAUCGUGCUAGAAGCUCACUAGCUAUAUAGAGCGGCCACUGCAACGUUCCUGAUGAAUCGCUACGUACGAGAGCAGCUACUACGACGUCGAUCAAGAACUGCACGCCCUCCUCAUCAACGAGCACGAAAAGGCCCAAGCUUGUCGACCCAAAAAAAAAAAAUCCGGGUGCUGUUGGUCUGUUGGAGAGAUCGGCCGGAUAUAUGGCGGAGCCCAGGCGCAUGCGGCCGUCGACGUUCCGGUGCGCCGCGGCGACGGUGCUGGCGCUGCUGGUGGUGGUCUUCAUCAUCGUGAUCCUGUGGCUCUUCCUGCACCCGUCCAAGCUCUACCUCUCCGUGGACCACGCGUCCACGACGGGGUUCAACUUCACGGCCGCCGGCGGGCUCGCCGGCGCGUUCGACCUCACCCUGCGCGCCUUCAACCCCAACGAGCGCGCGAGCGUGUCGUACCGCUGGGUCGACGUCGGCGUCUGGUACGGAGGCACGUACCUCGCGGGCGCGCACGCGCCGGGGUUCUACCAGCCGCCCGAGGACGAGACCCGCGUCGACGUGGUCGCGCGGGCGGCGCCGGCCGACGGGACGACGACGCUGCCGCGGGACGUGGAGGAAGGCAUGAAGAAGGAGCGCACGGCGGGGAAGCUGACGGUGGACGUGCACGUCGUCGCCAAGGUGCGGUUCCGGUACGGCGUGGUGGGGACCCGGAAGUACACCGUCCGCGGCAGCUGCCCCGCCGUGCCCAUCGACUUCGCGUCGCCGACCUCGUUCGACCGGGUGAACUGCCACGUGCACAUAUGACGAGUUUCCCUUUUUAUAUACGAUGCUCUGCAUCACUGCGUGAGAUGAUUCGCGGCUCUGUGUGGAUUGUUUGAUUUUAUUUGUCGCUGCCUUCUUUUCGUGUUAUAAUUAUUAAUUAUUCUCUUGGUUUGUUGUAUGCAUGCUUAUUUAAUUUCUUCA